GACCCGGACGGGAAGGUCGCGGGCGAGCGAGUCGAGGUUGGCCUCAGGGUUCGUCGACACGACGCGGACGGCGAGCGCGCCGUGGAGGAAAAGAGACGGCGGUAACGACGACGACGACGACGACAACGGCACGCCGCGUUAACGUUUCGGCUAAUGGUCGAAACGCCGAUCCGUCACUUUACGCUCAAGUUCCCGAUGCUGCAGCCACCGUCUCCCCUUCUGGAGAUGGCGUCCCUGCGACUACCGGACUCCGAAGAGUUUGACGUUGACACGCGCCGCAGGAGUAAUAACGGCAACGUGCCGGGUACCACGACAGUCGCGACCGGGCCGCCGGGUACCAGCGGCACUCUGCUGCAGAUGCGGAACGACUUGGGCGAUUACCUUAACAACCUGAUCACUGAGGCGAUCGCGACGACGAGCCCGCGUGCCACUAUGGACGACCAGGUCCACCAUGGGCUGUUCAACGCCAGCAAGAAUCUGUCGGCGCCGAUCGAGCACGCGCCCGAUCGGCUCUACAGACACAGCAUGGCCAUGUCGGCGGUCUACUGCGUGGCCUACGUGGUCGUCUUCGUGGUCGGCCUGAUCGGCAAUAGUUGCGUGAUCGCCGUGGUGUACCGGUCACCCCGCAUGCGGACCGUCACGAAUUUCUUCAUCGUCAAUCUCGCGGUCGCCGACGUGCUCGUCAUUGUCUUCUGCCUGCCGGCCACGUUGAUGAGCAACAUCUUCGUCCCGUGGAUCCUGGGAUGGUUCAUGUGCAAAGCGGUCGCUUAUAUACAGGGCGUCUCCGUGGCAGCCUCCGUCUACAGCCUGGUCGCGGUCUCCCUGGACAGGUUUUUGGCGAUCUGGUGGCCGCUAAAAUGUCAAAUCACGAAACGGCGAGCUCGCAUGAUGAUCGUCGUGAUCUGGUUCAUCGCUCUGACAAUGACGUCGCCCUGGUUGCUGUUCUUCGACCUGGUCUCCAUCUACGACGACGAUCCCGACCUGCGUCUCUGCCUGGAAACGUGGCCGCAUCCCAAGGAUGGCUCGCUGUUCUUCCUGAUUGGCAAUCUGACUUUUUGCUACGUGCUGCCGAUGAUACUCAUAUCCCUCUGCUACGUUCUCAUCUGGAUCAAGGUGUGGCGUAGGCAUAUACCCGGCGACACCAAGGACGCCCAGAUGGAGAGGAUACAGCAGAAGUCGAAGGUGAAGGUGGUCAAGAUGUUGGUCGUGGUCGUGAUACUCUUCGUCCUCUCAUGGUUACCUCUUUACGUAAUCUUCGCCGUGAUCAAGCUGGGCGGCGACGUGGCGGAGAGGGAGGACGAGAUCCUGCCGAUCGCCACGCCGAUCGCCCAGUGGCUGGGCGCCAGCAACUCCUGCAUAAAUCCGAUCCUCUACGCUUUCUUCAACAAGAAAUACCGGCGCGGCUUCAUCGCCAUCCUGAAGAGCGGCCGGUGCUGCGGCAAGAUCAGGUACUACGAGACCGUCGCAAUGAUGUCCUCCUCGACGAGCAUGAGAAAGUCCUCUUACUACGUUAACAACAACAACAACAACUCGUCGACGAGACGCGCCUGGCACGGACCGCCGGUCCACCAGGACAGCAACGUUUCCUACAUAUUCAAUCACACCGGCGUUUAAUUGUAGCCGAAGGUGAGCGCGAGGAAUGUGCCCUGAGAUGACCUCGCUUUAUUGUGCAGAUUUGAUAUACCCGAUCGACGGUGAACGAACCUGAAAGAAGAAACGCGGUGGCCUUUUGAAAUCUGGCCGAGGUCAGCCAGCCCGAGAAUUACGGGUCAUCCUGUGGAUGAUCGACACGAUUGUUACUCGGGCCGGAAGUCGUCAACGGAGAAACGGGAGUGCGGGAGAAGAAAAAGAAGCCUUUUCCGGCAGACCACUUAUUGUCGCCCUGCCAUAUUAUCCUUACGAAAGACGUUGUUAUUUGGAUUUUGUCACAAUGUUUAGCCACUGCGUAUACGCGUCAUAUAUUCUAGCUGUUAAGACGAGUUCGCCGCUGCGCGCGCGCGGUUGUGCAAUUGUUUCGCCUAACGACACGACGAGGUAGCUUUCUAGAUAAUCCAGGAGACGGGAUUUACGCUUCAAUGAAUCUUAGAACCUUCUUCUAUGUUCGAGAUAUUUGUACGGUACGGUUUAAACGAAGAAUAUAGUUAAGUCCACCAAUUAAAUGUAAAGCGGGACGGAGUUUGCGACCGGAUGCACGCACCCUCGUGUGUCGAGUAUGUAAUUAGCGCGACAGCGGUGAGUGGCGAUGAUUUCGGAAUGAUGACUCGCGUGAGCGCGGAUAUGGGUUGAGUCUCUUGACAGUAGACACACGGCACUUCCGUCAUGACAAACAAUUAAGCCGCGCGCGGUCCUCGGGAUACCUGCGUAAUUAAGGAGAUAGAAGUGGAGGUGUGUGAUGUGCACCAAUUAACAUAGCAUUUUAUUGAACACGGCGGAAGGCGUAGCAUAGUGUAAGAUUCGAUUUCGGUCCACAUUGAUUCACGCGCGAGCGGUCUUCGGACGGCAUGAGAGUUGGUAAAAUAAAUCGCGUAACAUUCUGGCAUUAGCUACGCGUGUAUCCGGUAUCGUAUGCCGCAGGGUUUAUUCGUAUACACGUUGAGACCACCAGUUGCACCAAAAAUCGCGAUUAGAUAACAUAAAUUCGUAGUGAGACGAGCGAGCAUACAAUAAUUUGCAGAUUGUUAUCAAUGUGGUAUUUUAAUUACGAAGGACAGAGAGGAAAUAUUAAUCGAUAGAUCAUGGUUGAUUUCCUCGUAAGAUUUACUAUGAUUCACGCCAUUCUCUAACGCAUCCUAUAAUAUAUUUAUCCUAUAUAGAGUAGAAAGAAAAAACAAUUAAUUUGGGUAGUAACAAGUUAAUUGAAUCUUUGUAAACACAUAAGCACAUGCAAUUUAUCACAUACUUUAAAUUAUAAUUAAAAAUUAUAAUUAAUUAUAAUUAAAAUUAUAAUAGGAUUAUAUACGUGUAUUUUCUUACCGAAACUUUAAUCGGGAAUAUUUGUUUGUGGUCCGAGCGAUGUCAUUAUUUUCUUGCGACUCGUGCUAAGGAUAUGGAAAAAAAAAUGUAAUUUGUGUGAGAUAAAAUGUCUGAAACAUCUCCUUUUUUGACAUCCUUUGGGCGUUUUUUUUAAAGGGAUUUCUUGUAAUUCUUGUAUUAUCGGAAGUGACCAAGUGGUGGUUUGAUUCGAAAUAGAAUGUAUCAUUGUACUGUUAUCAUCAGGCGUUUGUUAGUUCUUGCUGGAUUAAUUGACAGGGUUUUUUCGAGCUUUGUUGUCCGCAGACUGCGUUUGCACAUCUAAGAUUUGUCCGGAUUGUCCGAGGGCAAUUUCCAUAGCCUUCUGAAACCACAACGCUUAUCACGCGCUUGUCCCGACUGGUUAUUUCGCCACACACGAUCUGUCAACGAUAAAAGGAAAAGAGCGUCCUACUUUGUCCAUUUGGCACCCGCCAAUCAGAUCGCGGAUUUUCGCGCGCGUUGUAACGCGCGGCGCGACCGAGCGAUCGUAUUGCCUACUCGUUACAUUUUAAGAGCCGCGACGAUCGGCUCUUGCGUUUUUUCCCCUAGGGGCAGCGGGAUUACUUUGAAUCCUUGUAUAGCUGUAUAAGAUGGUAUAACGCUGUAAGCGAAUUGUCGGAUUUUACGGUAGAGCAAUUAUUUUCGUAAGGUUUUUAUACGAGAGCAACUGUAGAUUUAACACUGCAGAAUUAUUACAAGGCCAUCGAGUCUAUUUCCAAUUCAUAUCCGUCGGUGGCGAUUAAGUGUAACAAUGAUAAUAAAAUAGGAUGGGAGAGCGGGAGAGAGACACACGACACGAGUGAAACGCGGCCAGCAGUGACGGCAAUUAACUGGAGAAACGUAGGAACAAUCGGGAUUUGAAAUUGAUACAGAUUUUUUUGCUAGGUUCAAGUUUUGAUGCUAUAGACACAUAUACAUAUGUAUAUACGUGCGCUCGCGCGCAAAAAGAUGUCUAAUGAUGAAACAUACACACAGGUUGAUGCAAGAUGUUGUUCGUUGUACGUGUGUAACAUCGGCGAUUCACGCCGAAAUUAUGUCGGUUGCAAUACCUGGCGAUAAUUUUAUGCCGCAGCUAAUUCAACAUAUACGAAAUGGCGAAUACGUGUAACGAGUAAUUAAGUGUACGAGCAUGAUAUAAUUCACAGUAGUAUGCAUGUAAGGAUCAAACGUAAGCCUAUCCGCUCUGUCUGCAUGUAUGUACGUAUUAUAUGUAUAUCUACUGUUGCUACGUUAUUAAAUACACAUUGACACUUGCACACGUUUACACACGUUCCAGGGUUAACGUUCGUUCCGUCAAGGAUCUGUUUUAUGCCGUAGAUUGUUAAUUACCAUUAUUGAUUAUCGAUCUUUGUCGCACGCGUGGAGUAGAUUCUAUACGCACACAUUUUAACGGACUUUCGUAACUUUUAGAAGCCUUUGUUUACAGGAUUACAAAGCAACUGACAAAACGUGAAUCUGUUGGGAAAAUUAUAUCUCUGCGUUUGACUUUUUUGAGAGCUGCAUUGAGUAAUUGUUCACGAUAAAUUGUUUAUUUAAAGAUAAUAAACGUUUCAAUUAGCAGAAUGAGAACUGUUUGUUGCAUUUGUAAAUUAGAUGCAUGCGAGAUGUUGUAACAAAUAAAUGUAAAGAAAAACGUUCAUAAUAGAGCUAUGUAAAGUAAAUUUGAAAUCUUGGUACUUUGAACAUUUAGAUGUUACUGCAAUUCGAUUUUCAGAUUCGAAUAAUUCUAUUUGAGAUGAAAUGAAUAGUCGAGUAAUUCGAGUACGUCGAAUAUCAUGCAUAUUUUCAGAUGGUCGCAUUAUUGUCAUAUUUGUACUGGUACUGUAACUUUGCGGUACAUAUAUUUCCAUAUUUAUUAGAUUUGUGAUACUUUUGACCAAUUUAACACAGACUAUUUGUACAUAUUCGAAGAAAACGUAUGAUACGUCUUGAUAUUCAGAUACUUGAAAUAUUCAACUAUUUUUUUUACUGGAAACCUCAAGUUUUAUCUAAUUAUCCGAAUAACAGAAUUACUCGAACAUUUACCGGCCCAAUUCGCGCUUAAGUUCUGUCACCAGGGGCAAUAAGAAAGUUUCCGGACGCUAUGAAAAAAUAAUUCACUAAUCCUAUUCGCGGUUAUCCCCUUUAUUAACUCUUAAUAAGUCUUCUGGUGAAGAAAGUAAAGAAAGUUCAACACUAUUAAUGACGAGUGUCUCUUCUUCUUUACUUUUUUUUAGAUUUAUUCGUUUGGUUUCCGGAACAUAUAAUGUUAAUUGAUUUUACUGAUUACUUAAGAGAUUUUAAGAACACGAGAAAUAAAAAGAAAUAUUUUCGCAUUGAAAUCAAUGCCUUCAAUUAUUUAUCAGUUUACACACAAACAAGAAUUAGAAGACAAAGUUCAAGUUCUAGAACUUGAGAUACUUUCUUAAAGAUUAAGCAAAUGAUGAUCAGUCUAAAAACUGAUUUUGUACUUCAUACGGACAUCAAAGUGGUCGACACAUGUCUUUUUAGUGAUUCUUGAAACAUCGAUAUCCAGUGAGAGAAUCUGCCUCACUCAUUUUGACGCUAAUACGUUUCAUCAUGUGAUGAUAUGUAAUCAAUGUAAUAAUAUGUGUUCGAGAAAUUCAUGAUCACGCCUUAAUCGCGACAAAAACAAAUCUUGUUGUUAAUAACACUUUCCCUUUGAAUGGAUAAUAUUCAUUUAAAACAUUCCCGAUAACACGUUUUACGUAGGACAAAGUACACUGCUGGUGUCUGCCAGGGAUUUUAUCAAACGUAACUAGGUUACAAAAUACAGCGAACUUAUAUCAUAACAAUUAACGUAUCGCGUGUAUCGCAGACUUCUACUUAGCGUUGAUCCCCAGCAUACAAUCAUUUUGUUUGAACAUUACGCUAAUUCAGAAACGCAAAUCACGCAUUUAAAAUCGAGUCAUGUCGAUAAGCGUUCAAAAAAUUAGUGGUUCCAAAAAUAAUAAUUCGAUAAUUAUAAUGUUUCAUUAGUGUUAAUCAUCCAAAACAUCGAAAAAUAUUUUAUACAUUUGAUCAAUGACAAAAGCACGUUUAAUGGAUCGCACUAAUAAUAAUUUUUUUUUUAAAUACUACUUCAAUAACAGAAGGAGGUAUAUUAUUCUUCAAAGUGUCGUUGGAGCAUUUCAUUAAAAAGGUGCUUUUAUCAUAAAAUUGCUUGUAUAAUGUGUUUGCUGAUAUUGUGAAUCGUUUACGGGAUACCUCGAGAUGAGUUGAAGAUACCGUCUAAAAUUAAUUCCUAGAGGCGGUGGGAAAAUUGCGUAGAGUAUAUCUAAAGCCGACGCUUAAAGGUUAAUCCAUCGUCGUGAGCCUAUUUUUUCUGAUAGCGCGUGAGAUAUGCGAGGGAAGGCGAUAAAGAUGAACUAGCGUUUCUCGUAGACAUAAGCAUUCUGUUAUACAAUUUUUUAUAAUCGUUCGCGAGACACUCCCUGUUAUUCUUAGGUAUAUAAUAAUCUCGUGUAUCUUAAGCAGGACACGGGAUACGAUAAUUAAGCGUUUAAUUGAUAGGACGUAUUUACGGUCAUUGGUAUAUUAUUAGUAACGGUUACGCAGGAGUUGGCCAAGCGUGUUUAAUAAUGUCGGCAGAGCCUUGGUAUACAAGCGAGAUUUCCACGUCGAGAUAUCAGAAAUGCACAUCAUUUGUAGCUAAGUGAUGUUUUUAUACAUUUCAAACACCUUCUUUGCUCUUUGUAUAAAAAUACUGUAAAGAUUUGUGCAAAAAAAACCGUUAUAUUUACUCGUUCACCAUAAUCACAAAUUAUUAGGUUCGUGCAAAAGGAGACGCAGAAGAUUGUCGUGUUUGUCGAAAUAAAAACUAGAUUUAAUUUUUAUUAAUUAACAUAAUCGUCAGCUUCAAUAAACUUUUCUUCUGCGUGGAGAAGUUCUUUUUUUCCAGUAAUUAAAGAAAUUAAAUUUAUUUCAAAUGGAAUUUAGUGAAAGAACUUUUUGUACUGACCUGAUAAUGAUAUUAUACCCAGGUAGCAAACACAAGUCAUUUUGACGUCAAAUUUUGGUCCUUUACUGACCAUUCCUGAUGUCACUAACUAACGGCAUAAUGACGUUAAAAUGACGGUCUAAUGCCACAGACAAUUGACGUCAUUUUCUGACGUCUUAUUGACGGCAAAAAUAGGUUCAUUGUACGACAUACCGCUUUCUAGAAAUGUUAUUUAUAAAAUUAAAAUGUUAAAAUGUCUACUUGAUAAACGUUUAUUAAAAAAACGUCCUUUUUCUUUAUCUAGGAAAAAAACGCUUCUUAAACUGUUUCUUUAUACGUAUCGUUUCUUACGUGUAGUACAAGUACCGCGCCCGUAUCGCUUGAUUUCGAUGAUCCAGUGGACAGUGACGAUCUUCUGACUCUGAUGCUUCCUUAUUAACUGUACUUGUCUAUAACAGGUACAUCUUUAAAGUGUUCAAAAAUCUUGUAAUGAUAUCUUUUUGAUAGCUAUAACACUGCAUGAAAUAGUUAUCAUAAAACUAUAUAAUCACACGCAACUAUUAUACAUCCACUUAUACCAUAAAUUCACCACUCCAAUCAUAAAGUUGCGGAACAAACAUAUAUUGCAGUUAAUUUUGUGGUUUUUAUUUUAUUAUUACUUUAUUAUACAAUAUUAAGAAGUAAAAAUAGUUAUAUUACAAAAAGACCUUAUUUGAACGACUUUAAGACGUCUUUAAAAUGGUCUAAGAGAUGACGUCUUAUAAACGUCCAUUAUUAGUCGCUGUCAUAGAUAAAAAAUGACUAAAAAUAGACAUCAUAAUGACGUUAUGGAAUGACGUCAGUAUAAUGUCCUUUUUAAAGACAGUCGCUUUUUGGUCAUUUGACGUCAUUUGUACAAACAUGACUAGUAUUUGACGUCAAAAUGAUAUGUGCUUGCUACCUGGGUAUCUACACACACAACGCAUACAAAGAGUAAAAUAUCGCUUUUGAAAACUUGCACGCGUAUAUGGCAUAGUCAAAUUGACUUUUUGUUGCACGCGUUACCGAAUAAAAAUCAAAUACUGGCGAUCCAAUUUGAGCUCACGCUUUACAACACGGCCGUAAUAUUGAAUCUUCUAAGCUACAUAACAUCGAACGAUAUGCCAUCCUUUUUCCUUUCCUGUUAUUUUAUUUUAUUGACGGUUACGCGGUUAUAUGGAUAAGCGCGGCGCGUUAUCUGUAUAACAAUGAAAUAAUAGAAACAUACUAGAAGGUAAGAAAAUUGCAAGUGACGCCGAUAAGUGUUUAGCAUCCUAUCAGAGUAUGUAUGUAAUGUACCAACCAAAAGAUGUUACCAAUGUCGAUGACUCUUACCCAUCUAACUUAUUGAUAAAAAUAACGAAAAUACUUACCGUUAAGACGAAUACGUAAAUACCACGAAAGAUAGGGCGGUAUUCAUAGUCGCGGAUCUUAUAUCUAAGAUCGUCUUAAGUCUGGUCAAAAGCAGUCUUAAGACUCCGUCUAGCCAAUCAAAUAACCGUAUUAGCAUUACUUAAGACGGUCUUGAAAUAAGAUCUGAUUAUGAAUACCGGCCAUAGUCAUCGUUUGUUGUGUAUGUUUUGAAUAUAUAUAUGUAUAUGUAUAUGGUACGUAAACAGCCGGCGAUUUGGCGUUAUCACGCCUGCCAGCCGAGGCGCAGGUUUCUCUGUCCACUGUUCGAAUUAGCAAUACAUUUUAAUUUCCCUCACUUCGCUGGUCAUUUUAUAGGGGAUGCCGUGGUAACGCCGAACCGCGUCCCACGUAGCUAAAAUGUAUCGAGUUGCGAGUAUAAGUAUACUUAUUUUCUCAGAAAAGAACACAUUAAAAUAAUAUUAAAUAUUAUAUUAUAUAUAUAAUAA